CUUCCCAAAAAUCCCUCUGUUCAGGAGAUUACCUAAAGCAAGAAUACCCUUUUGUUUUCCCACCUCCAGCGAGCAGAAUCGAUCUUCUUUUCAAACUAAACUCGAAAAUCAACCAGCAAAAGACCCCCCUCUCCUCAGAAUUUCCUUCUUCUGCUCUCAAAAACUCAGACGAGACUCCCCAGCAAACAGACCCAAAAUCAACCCAAAACCAACCCCUCAAUCAAACUUCAAAAACUCUCCAACCCCCGAAACCCAGAACAAUGACUCCCAAAUCAAACUCCAAAAUCAGAAACCCCGGCCUCAAUACCAGAAGAAAUCCCCUUCCAGCUCCGAAAAUCGACCAGAAAAACCCCUUCUAUUGCUCUCGAAGCUCAGCCGAAACUCCCCAACAAAACAGACCUAAAAUCAACCAACCAUCCCCCCCUUUCAAUCUGAUUUUUCUCUAUAUAUAUACCCGAAUAAAAGAUAAAAAUAAAGAAAAAAAUAAUAAAAAAGCCUUGCUCUGUCAAUCAAUAAUAAUGCUAAUUUGUCUGGAGCUGCUGUAGCGUGCAGAGGCAGAGCAGCAGGGGUGCAGCAAGGCUCGGUGCAGGGUCAUGAUGCUGGCACAGAGUGCAGGCGUGCAAGCAACGUGGGUUCGGCGCCGCAGGCGGCAAGGGGAUCUGGUGCAGCAGAGGAUCCGGCUUUUUGGCAGAAGCAGGAGUGCAGGUGUAGCAGAGUGCAAGGCACGGGCGUGCAGGAGCGCAGGGGCGCAGGCUCGGUGCAGUAGGGGGCGCAGAGAAAGGAAAUCUGGGUCUGAUCGGGGGUGCGGGCUCGGUGCAGCAGGGGCGCAGGGGCGCAAAGGGGAAAGUGCAGGCGCAGGGCGCAGGCUGGUUCGGGGAAAAAAAACAGAUUGAUCGGGAAAGAGAAGGUUCCAGACACCUUUUCCUUUUUCUCUUUUUGUUCUUUUCUUUCUUUUUUUUUUGGGUUUGGAUAAUUUAGUGGGUUUUGGUUGGGUUUGGGUCUUGGGUAAUUUUUGGUUUGGGUUUUGAUGGGUUUUGGGUUUGAGUUUUUUCUGGGUAAUUUUGGUUUGGGUUUGAUGGGUUUUGGGUUUGGGUUUGUAAAUUCAUUUUGAUGAACUUCACCCCUCUAACUUUUAAUUUCUUCAAUUGAGUCCCUUCUUUCUUCUUCUUGACAAAUUUCCCUAGUCAACAUCAAUUAACAAAUAGUCAAUAGAUUG